AUUGUUUGCGGACACAGUAGGUGUUGGAGGCAUUCGGACACAGUGGGAGUUGCAGGCGUCCGGACACGUGUGUCGCCAUGGCAACAGUCAACAACGAGCAGCCUUGAAGCCUCGCUGACCUACUGUCUACUAUAAUGUCUCUUGAUAAGAAGUUAACAGAAGUAUUUGCGUUCUUCCAAGAUAAAGAUAAGAACGUGGUGUCCGUCAAAGAUAUCCCGACGAUCAUUCGGACUCUGGGUGUGGUGCCGUCUGAGGCAGAGAUGCGGAGGACAGUGGCCGCCAUGUUGGGGGAGGAGAGCGCCCACACCGUCCACCUCGCCGCCUUCCUCACCAUCGCUAAGAAACUCAUACUCGACAGAAGGUUCCCGGGGAACAAGAAGGAGGAGGUGGGGCGCGCCCUGGCGGUGCUGGCCAAGGAGGGCAGGAACUACCUGCUGGACCACCACCCGCAGCCCGAGGCCAAGGGCGGCGGCGUCUACGGCGACGGCAAGAAGCCCCUGUUCCGGCCCGCCGGGAGUCUGGGCCGUGAGGACCUGCUGCGUCUGCUGACGUGUGAGGGGGAGCCGCUGACGCAGGAGGAGGCUGAGGAGCUCCUGCUCUCUCUCCCCACCAAGGACUCGGACCUGGUUGACCUCGACCAGUACGCCGCCCAGCUGGUCCCUCCAGCACCCUUCCACUGAUGCUACUGGGCGGUGUCUCCUCCACCACACACAACCCUCAACUGUUCCUUCGCUACCAUAUACCUGUUUACCUCCAGGUAAACAGUGACAUAAGAUGAAUAGAGAACUACCCAGACGUCUCACUAUCCAGAACUACCCAGGUCUUAAGAGACCUCUUUGAGUGAAGUUACUCCUUUGUCAAGGGAGCUCCAGUUCUCAGAGACCACGUUGAGUGAAGUUAUUAACUGGUUAGUUCACCUUACGACCAGUGACAGUUAUCCAUAAUGGCACCUGAGACCCCUUGGCUUACACAUGUCACGUCAUCCAACUACCGUAGUGACAUCUGGAUCACAGAUCUUACUGUCUUGUCUUGCCCUAGAAAUAUAUAUUAGGUACAAAAGAAAUAAAUCUUACGCAACUC